UUUUUUUUUUUUUUGUUGCUUGACGACUGGCCUUCGAGAAAGUGCGCGAUGGCCACCCUCGCUCGUACGGCGGUGUCCAAGGGACUUGACCAAGAUGAUGCUACUCGGUCUCUCCGAUACAGCGUACCUUCACCUUUCCCAACCGAACGUCUCAUCGAUUUAGAGGGUUCCAGUGACGACGAGAUUCUCAACGAGUUGGCCGCCGAGCGCGUUGAGUAUGACGUGCCCGAAAUUGCUUCUGAGAGACCUUUGAAAGAUAUCCAGCUUUCCAUUGCAGCCGUUCAGGAAUCAUGCCUGACCACUCUCGCAAAUCUCCUUUCCGUGUCUAUAUCCGUUCAGCCCCCCAUUGCACAUGAACAUUCUGUUUCUCUGCGUAGCUCACAAGGCUUACUUGUGCCUGCAAUAGCUGCUGUUGAGACGCAGUCGAACACCAGUGCUUUAGGAGCUCUGGUCCACGCACUUCGAGUCUUGGACGGGAUCGUCGACUACGGGGGUUCACACCCUCUUGCUGAGGGAGGAAGCCGAGACAUUGUUCGUGAAGCGACUCUGCUCAUGCAACUACGCGACCUAGUUGAUGCGCACGUGCCUUCAAUGCAUCGCCAUGACGCACACCUCGCACAAGCCAUCGUUGGCCUCUUAACAGACCUUCAUCAGCUUUCAACAUCGUUUGUCUCAACUCCAGAAUUAUCACUUUCGUUAUCCUCUGGGCAGCCCACCUCCCAAUCCUCUCCGCAGUUACCUUCAACACCCGCCACAGAAAAUGAUCCACAUACCGUCUUAACAACUCUGCAAAGGCAACUCUCUUCCCUCCAACCUAGCAACAGCGUUGACGCUUCGACAUCCACAGCAACUCCCACCGCCGCACCCGCACAGCACCUGCAGGCGGCUUUACUUUGGGCUCGGAUAGACGAACAAUUAGCAACUGUUGUUGCACUGUGUAAGACACGCGGGUUGGCUAAUUCUGAUCUACAAAUCCCCGAUAAUACAGACCCAUUUUCAGACGCAGCUGCUAUUUCCGGAGGAGUAGAACCUACGGAAUCAAAUGUGGAUGCACCUAGCGUUCCCUCGUUUGACGAAGACCAUCUGCCCCCGCAGUAUGAAUACGAGUACGAUGUGGUCCAUGGCGAACUACCACCCGCAUAUGCUACUGAUCUUGCCAUUGCAUGCGGGUCACUUGGCGACCAGAAACAGAUGUCGGAGUAUCCUCCCGAGAAGGCUUCUGGGGAAUUCAGUGCCCUGUCGCAGAGGGUGUCACAUGCGCACCAGUCAACUUCGGUUGAUCUCGAUCUAGUCACGGGGGCCAUCGACCGGUUAUACGCGGCCGCGCCCCAAUUGACUAACCAGCGAGUCGAACUCCGGCAGAAGAAGAUCGCCCAGAUGAAGAAGGCUCAGCGUACAAAUAACAAAGGGAAGGCACGUGAGGUCACCUCUGUUCAGGAUCCCGAGCUGGAUAAGAUGCUUGACUUGCUGGGAAGGGCUAGCUCGCGAGAGAUCCCAGAUCAAAGUGUCGUUAUUGAUCCGACCCGAAAACCACGAGUAAAGAAGAAACAGGACCUGAAAGAACAGCGUUAUACAUACAUCGAGCAUAUUGUCCAGCGCUCCACUGCUGGCCGGCUCCACUCGCAAGAUGCAACAUCUUCCAGUAUUCCAUCCCUGACUGUCAAUCCUCGGUCACAAAAUAGUCCUGUCACUGAGAAUGAGCAGAUACGAAGUAAUCAUUCAUUACGGGAGGGUGGUGGUGCGGAGGUGUCCAAAGGUGCUCUAGCAGCACCCGAAAUGAAGAACAGGUCUAUGUCGUGGGAUCGUUCUUACACGGCGAGCUCGACACAAGAUUCGCAUUCACAUGGAUCAAAGAAUUCUUCAUCUUCUGUAAGACGAUUUUCAGAGAGGUUCGGGAGUAAGAGCCGCCCCACCUCGUCGGGAGGCCCAACUAUAAGCGGCGCGCUUGAUGUCGUGUAUAUAGCCGAGCAUCACGAGACGCUUAAACAUGUCCUGGUCUUUGUUUCGCUACCGCGGUCUUUCUCAUCAAAUGGCAACUUUAAUCUGAAUGGACAGUCGUCCUCAUCAGGGACGCUGACAGCCGAGGUUCUCGCUGACAUGAUCGGUCAAACACGUGGCGACCAGCUCUUGCUGCGACUGUCUGGAACCCCUUCCCUCCCGCUCGGGCUUCCGGUCUCUGUCACUCCCGGUUUGAAAAAUGCCCUCGCGAAGGGUACGCACUGGGAAAUUAAGCUCAGUUGUGCUCAGCGGACCCAGUCGCUCAGUACUCGCAACAGCAUGAAUGUCACCCCUAGCGAAAACGACGACUCACCAUUGCUCUCAGCUUCUCAGCUUACUACCCUCCUGCCGAUAUCCUAUACUUGUGUAUCCUGCCUCCUCCCACUCGUCACUCCGGCUCCAACACAAUACCGGGACCUCCCAUCCGAGUACUGGGAAGAGCUCGUUGAUGCUUGGAUGUGUCACCCUGAGGGGCAGACACUCGCAGAUCUUAAGGUGAAUAUGCGUGGGGGAGCAGGCAAGAGUGGACAGAGUUUUGGCUUUUGGCCGGCGGAGGGUGAAGCGCUUGUAGGUGGAAGUUACAUAUUGUUUGAGGGGCGCGCGGUCGUUGGAGGGAAUGUAAGGGAAGUCAUCACCAGCCGUGGUGAUAGUGCAUGUUUGAUCCGGUGCCUAUGUGGUGCGAUCGUCGGGCGGCGGCAAGAACACAAAUUGGAAAAUGGAUCCACCCUGAGGAUGUAUCGUUUAUCAAAGUAUGCUAUCCGGCUAAUCAGUCCGGCUGCCGAAUGUCCCAAGAUUCCAAUGUCAGCAUUCAUAGUCCGCGAUAUGAUUGAACACGUGCAGGCACAUGCGACCUACCGCUUUGUACUGUCCGAUGAAGAGGAAGAAAAGCCCAGGAUUUUGGUUUGGUUGUUCAAGCCGAGAAUCCGGAUAUCAUAUAUGCUUUCUUCGCCACUAUUCCUGCCGCGAAAUGACUCUAUCGAGGCGUCCAAGGUGUUGUACAAAAUCCUCGGUCCAGAUUCGACAACGGAUAUAAAAGAACUGCUUAACAAGUACCCUGGCUUCCCUCAAGCUGAGCAUUUGUUCUACCCGAUGGACGUGUGUAGGAAGUUAGCUGCGUUACUCUCGGAAAGUACGCGCGCGUACCCCGAGAGUCUGCGGACGAUGACUGGGCUGGAGGUGGGCUGGUUGCAUCGUGGAUAAGAUCUUAGACCCUGGUAACACCGGAAACUCCGGACGUCACUCUCAUUUGCACGUAUAUUUCUCUUGUUCGUUCUGGUCUCACUGCGUUACAACUCCGUUCAUUUUCAUUUCUUUUGGGUUCCAUCUGCACGCAUGCAUAUUUACAUUGUAUAAAGAUUUACCGACACCGGAUUUUCCACCUCGUAGAAUGCACCAUAUGGUCUCUUUGGAAAAGUA